CUUAGAUAGUUAUUGUGUUUGUUUCAGACCUCGACAUGGAAGUUUACAUCAAAUGUAAUGGCUGAUCAUCGAAUUGGACCAAUUCACUGAUAACAACCAAAUUAUUUCAACAUGUACAGAGUAUUCGCAGGACUUCACAGGGCGGCAAUAGGUGGUAUCCGAGGUUCAUUGCGGGAAGAAAAUCAAGGAAUCCCAAGAACAAGAUUCCUUAACGUUCUUCAGAAUGGGACAGGAUUUAGUUCCUUGUCUUGUGGAUGCUCGGUAGAGCCUGUAUCCGGUAAACCUUCUCUAAUAUGCUUACCGGGGCCUAGUAGGCGUUCCCUACCUGCCACACCCCACCUUGCAAACUCACCACUGGUUCUAUAUUCGUCGAAACUAAAAGAAGAUGGUUAUGAGUGUACCGGUGGCAGGAACCUGUCUGAAGGUGACGGUAAAGCGGGCUUUAGUAUAGAUGAUUGGUACCAUUAUACCGCUGCUCUUGUACUUACAUAUAACAUCAUUCAUAUACAACAGGAUUUCAAAGUUCCGCCUGAAUGUUGUCCAGUGCUUGCAAUCAAAAAUACAAGAUCUGCGUCUGCACAGCCAAUAUCCACCACAUACCACACACAAUCAGAACCUUUCAAAAGAAUAGUCAAGUUUGAUGAAGACCUUGCAGCUAUUGAAAAUAAAUAUAGCUCCGAACCUAUCAGACAAAAAACUGAAACUACAUCUGAAGACGAGCUUGCAGGAAAGCAAUCUGCAUCGAACGAAUCUCUGUCCAUAGAUGAAGAGACAGAUCACAAAUCUAAGCCUAAUCUGAAAGAAUCUCUGUCCAGAAAGGAAGAGACAGAUCACAAAUUUAAACCUGAUCUGAAAGAAUCUCUGUCCAGAAACAACGAGACAGACCACAAAUCUAAACCUCGUCUUAGUCCUGUUCAAGCUUUCCAGUCUGACUUAGAUGCACUAGAUGCAGUUCAUCUUCUACAGGAGGGAAACCCACGAGGUAUUUAUGCUCUGAAAGUCGAAUCUCAGAAAGGGAGCUCUGUGGCGAGUUUCUUUCUAGGGAUGGCAUUUGAGCAGGGAUACCUUGUCAACAAAAACUUGAACACCGCCCGAAUAUAUUAUCAGAGAGCGGCGGAUGCCGGGAAUCCUGAGGCGGAGUUCAAUCUGGCCGUGUUCUACAGCAAGGGUUGGGGUGGACUAGCAAAAAGUGAAGAAAAGUCUCUGGCGCUUCUUCAUCUUGCGGCGGAAGCUGGAUUAGUAAAGGCUCAAAAUGCUUUGGGAUUGGAUAUCAAGGUGGACUUGGAGGAAGGGAAAAAAUCUGCACGUGACCUGUACAUGCUAGGGCGGAGCUUUGAAGACUUGGGUGAAGUUGGUGUUGCGCUGGAAAUGUAUAAAAAAGCGGAAAAGGCCGGAUACUCAAGGGCGGGAAGAGCCAGGGUUAGACUUAGCUCACUUAGUUCCUAGACCAGGUUUAGGUUCUUAACAUGACUUUUCAAUCCAUAACUAUCAGGUCUGGAAGCAACAAAAAAGACCAUUAGUAUCGUUUCAUGUUGACUUCUUAUGAUUAUUUACAGUUAUGAAGUCUCCAAUUCUCUUGAAUCAAUCAAUCGUGCAAGAUAAAAAAUCCAACAAAAUUCAUUCAGAAAAUGUUGGCACACUUGUUAUAUCUAGUCUUAUUACAUAAGUUAUAUAUGCGCAGUAUCAUGUAAAUAUUUAAAAUUUAUGAAAUUUGCAGUUCUCAUAAUUCAUUCAGACGAAAGGGGACUGUCGUCGUGAUUUCAAUUGAUAUCUUAUUUAAAAAGAAACAUGGUCCAAUUUUCAACGGUACUUUAUCACAAGCGUUAUAAGUGUUGAACUAUAUACAUAUUCCUCAAUUGGUUCUAAACAGUGCUAGAUAAAUAAAAGAGAAACCACAUUUGAAAAUAAUUAAAAGAUAAAAUGGUGGAUAUUACAUGCAUUCUUGAUCAUACGAAGCUUAUAAGGGUACCUUUGUGAAUUGGAUCUGUCAUUUGAAAUUAAGUCUACAGUCUGGUGAAACAAAAACCCCGUGAAAUAUAUUAAUCAAACUAUUUCAGAAA